GUAGUGUACGCAUUCAGAUAGUGUAUUCCAGAAGCUUCAACAUGGUACCAGUCAAGGCGCAGUUGGCGUGCCACUGUAGCAGUGGCGUCAUGCGUUGAGGAGUUGGAUCCGGCGGCGAGGAGAGACAUCCGGCUGGGUGGACCACUGCGUGAAGGACCAGACGCUCGUCGUGGUUGCCGAGAAGAAGCAAAAGGAGGAGCUCAAAGAGGUGCUGGGCGACGGCAGGGUGGUGGUGACAGACGACAAGAAGAAGAGGGUGCAGCGCGCCAAGAAGAAGCCAGCGACGUUCCACGGUGAAGGUAAGGUUGCAGUCCAGUGAAGGAGUCAGAAGCGCAACAAGGAGUAGAGAAGACAAUCACCUAGAAUUGAGUGAAGAGCGAGUAGGCUGCCUGAGCUAUGCGUACUGCAGCUGUGAGCUCUCCAUCAACGGUGGUUUGUCUACAAGUUGAAGCUGAAAGGGUUGCGCAAAUCAGCUGCGAGGGAUACCACAGUAUGCAGAAGGAAGCCGCGUAGAGGUGAUGUGUGAUAAACAGGGCAGAGUUUGGAGGCCGGCUACUAUCAAGAACAUGGUCGGCGGUACCAACUAUGUUGUUAGCUAUGGAAAUGGGCAGAGCUCGAUUGAGGUCCUCCACACAAUGUUCAUUCGGCGGCCAGAACCCAUCCAAAUGGAAGUUGAAGCCCCUAAUGAUAGCAAUAUGGAGAUAAAAAACGAAAGAAUGGGUAUGUCUCUUGUGGUAGCAGAAAGGUUUCACCUGGAAACCUGUACGAACUCAGCCAAUGAUAUUACAAUUGUAUCAUCACAACAUCCUUGGGCUGAACCUCUACAACCUGUUUCUGAGAAAUCACCUGGACCAUCUUCAUUGCUUCAUCCUGUUGUGAUGGCGGAUACAUCAGCAUUCAUGGCAUUGGCAGUGCCUAACAGUAGUGAUCUUUCAACGGCGUUCUCGACAACUUCCUUGCUGCUGAUGCCCAAUGACAAAAUGGAGGUCUUCCAGAAGCUACCACAGAUUCCACACUUCCGCGAGGCAUGGAAUUGCCCUCCAGAACUUCGUGAAGGAAGAGCCCUAGGACUUAUGGUCUGUUUUGCAAACAUGGCCAAAAGCAUAAAAGACAUGCGAAUUCAGGAGGAACCACGACUUUAUCAAGAGAAGAUGAACAUCCUGUUAGAGAUGGAAGAGAAUGGGUUUGAAACUGGGCCCCUGAAGGUUCGUCUCCAUAAUCUUCUUUGUACAAGGAAUCACCAUAUGAAUCUCAAGAGCAGGAAAGUAAGAUUAGAGAAGGAGAUACUUGAGAUAGAAGCAAUAAACUGUGGAUUAGAGCAGCGACUCAAGUUCCUUGACAUGUGCAUCAUGGGGAUGGAGGAGAAGAAAUACCAAGAGAUGAAAGGUUCACUUGACAUCCAAAAAACAGAAAAUUGUUCACUUAUUUCAAAGCUCCAAGUAUAUUUGUGUCAAGUUGAGGAAUCACUCAAGUAUGCUGAAGCCGAUUUUUGUAGUAUUGCUACUGCACCGUGGCAACCACAUGUUGUGCCUUCGAUACCGUAACCUUGCUUAGCUAUUAGGGGGGAGGGGGUAACCCUUCUCCUCCACGCUUGAACUGUGUAAUUAUGUAUAUAUGCAUGCUUUCUCCAUGGAGCUGAGAGACAAACCAAUGUGUAUUUUGAGUUUGCAGUCUGCUCCACCUAACCUAAGUGAUCUUCAGAUACGUGUAUUUUGAGUCGUAGUGCUGGUUGCUCUCUCCAGUUGUAGCUCAUACUUAAUGUUGCAAUUUGAGAAGUUGAGCAUCCUAUGUGAUAUUUCCAGCGAUUAGAAACCCUGUUAUUAAUUUAUUAUUUUUCUCAGAUAGGAGUCAGAGA